AUGGUAAGAAAGGUAAGAGUUGAUAAUCCCGAGGAUCAGGCCGAACGCGAACGAAUCUUCAAGCGAUUCGAUGCCAACGGUGAUGGCAAAAUCUCAUCGCAGGAGCUGGGGGAGGCCUUGAAAACACUUGGUUCCGUUACUGCGAAUGAAAUCCAAAGAAUGAUGACUGAAAUCGACACUGAUGGCGAUGGGUUUAUUUCAUUCCAGGAAUUUACCGAGUUUCACCGUGCCAACAGGGGACUAAUGAAGGACGUUGCUAAGAUAUUUUAG